GCGCAUGCUGAUUGGCUAGACUCGCCACUGGACGGAUGCAUGCGCGAGAGGCAGCAAACUCCUGUGUGCAGGGAAGAAGCCGCCGCCGCCUCAGCCUCAUUAUCCAACACGAAUAGAAAAACGUCGAAAAAUACCUCAGGAUCCUUGGAUGCUCUGAUCAAGAAUCGUCUCUGCAUUUUAAGGUCACGCCCUACAAUAGAGGACUGUAGUUGACCAUUUUCCUCCCCAGACCAGGGAGCCACAGAGGUCACAUUAGCUCAGAGGAAGACACUUAGAAUCAGCCAUGGGAAAGAAGAACCAGAACCGUGAAGAUGAUGAGGCUGCUUCCUCAGAUGAGGAAGAGUACAUGGUGGAGAAGGUCUUGGACAGGAGAGUUGUGAAGGGCCGUGUAGAAUAUUUCCUCAAGUGGAAAGGCUUUACGGACAAACACAACACAUGGGAACCGGAGAAGAAUCUGGACUGCCCAGAGCUUAUCUCGGAGUUCAUGAAAACCUAUAAAAAGGGAAGCAGUGGAAGCCCACCCAGCAGCAAGCCCUCCAGCACAGGCUCUUCUUUGGCCCGUCCCAAAGACAGUAGCGGCAGCAGCAGCACAAGCAAAAGGAAAAACUCAGAGGACGAGAACGGGAGUGGCAGUAAACCCAAAAAGAAAAAGGAGGAUGAGAUUCUUGUAGCAAGAGGAUUUGAGCGAGGCCUGGAGCCUGAGAAGAUUAUUGGAGCAACAGACUCUUGUGGAGACCUUAUGUUCCUUAUGAAGUGGAAGGACUCUGAUGAGGCAGACCUUGUGCUUGCAAAGGAAGCCAAUCACAAGUGCCCACAGAUCGUCAUUGCCUUCUAUGAGGAGCGUCUGACCUGGCAUGAAGACGGCGAUAAGAAGGAAAAGAGUGCCACGGCUGUUUAAAUGGCAUAAGGUAGAGGAAAGACACAGUCCUCCAAACCUUGUGCUCUUUGUCGCACUGGUGACACUCUCAUAGCCAACUUUUAACGGACCAUUUAGAAAAAGAAACAGCCAGCGAGUAAUGGAGGUUACUGCCCACCUUCAAAACCUCUGCCCACCCUUCAUGAAACAGCAUCACUCACCAGACACACACCGAAAGGCCAUGGUGAACUGUGGCAGCAACGGAGAGCCGUGGAAUGUGAUCUCUUUUCUCUUACUCUCUCUGAUCUUCCUUCUUUUUUGUCAUUAUUUGUGUAUUUGUGCCCCUACAACUAUGUUCUUAUGAUGUAUUGUGUGCUAGUGUAGAUGUGAAACCAUGAAAACCCGUACAUG